UUGUGGAAAAUUCACUGCGCGUUGUCAGAAAAUUAGAGGAAAGUCAGGAGGAGACGUACCUUCCUGGAAAACGCGAGUUACACUUACACAUAUGGGAUGGUAGACGGUCGUACUCACACAGACAACCCACUAUUCUUCUUUUUCAAUGCGUUCACUCUCACUUUUUCAAAGAGUCAACAAGAGAAGGCAUGUAUUGUGGAAAGAACGGUAAAGUUUCUGACGUACGUUUGAAUGCGUUCACUCUGUGUUCAUAAUUUUCAGUCAAAAAUAGAAGGCAUGUAUUGUGCAAAGAGUGGUAAAGUUUCUGGCAUGUAUAGUGGAAAAUUCAUUGCGCGUUGGAGACAACUGUAUACGCGUGUUCCACUUCCACUUCCACUUACACAUAUAGGAUGGUAGUACUCACACAGACACAAACUUUUUUUUUUGAGGUGGACCACAGAUCAAAUCUGUCGCCUCUCACCCCUCUCUCAGCCAUAUUGCCACCGCUGCUGCUGCUCUGCUUCUUCUUCACAGCCACCGCUGCCGCUGUUCUGCUUUUUCUUCGCUGCCCAGCUGUCGCUACUGGUUCUUCUUCUUCACCGCUACGCCUUCUUCUUCGCCGCUGCUGCUGCUGGUUCACAAUGACUGUAAUUGAUAUAAUCCUAUACUACGGUGGUCCGCUUAGCAAUGCCAAUGCGAAUGAGGGAUUGCCAUUUGAAGGACCGGGUAUAAAGCGCUAUUAUACUCAAAUUAAUCAUAGGUUGAAGACCCUUAAUGAUUUAAAGAUGAUAGUUAUGAAAGAAUUGUGUGAGAAUCCUGCUUUGCACGACAUACAAAUUAUUUUUCGUUCUCCACAUGAAGUCCUCAAGGAUCGGAUUAAUUACAAGUAUAUGGCGAUAGAAGCAGACAAACAUGUGAAGAUCAUGUUUGACAAGAUGGAGAGGACAGCCCAAGUAAGUGCUAUUGAGUUGUACAUAAUGUUGGAGCUGUGUGCAGAAGUUGGUGCCGAGGAAAUCCAACAAACAACCACAAGUUUACAAGUCACAGUUCCAGAUGCUCAAUAUGACUGUGGUGAAACUAAUGCAGACAAUGCUAUUAGUGUCCAAAACAUUAUGAACACAAUCCCUGCCUACACAUUUCCUGUCUUAUCAUUCUCUGCAAAUACUAGGGCAAAUAUGGAACGAAGAACAAUUGUACAGAUCCCAUCAAUGGCUUCCUUGAACAAUGAAGGAGCCAGCUUUUCUUCUUCCACUCGCCAAUGGGAGUAUGCUGUCUUCUUGAGCUUUAGAGGUGAAGAUACCCGCGAAGGUUUUACCAGCCACUUAUAUAACGCUUUGUGCAACAAAGGCAUUAACACCUUCAUUGACGAUAUUGAUCUUCCGAGGGGAGAAGAAAUUUCGGAAAAACUUAUCCAAGCCAUCAAAAAUUCAUCGAUUUUGGUUAUUGUCUUCUCUGAAAACUACGCAGAGUCCAAAUGGUGUUUGGAUGAACUUGCUAAAAUUGUUGAGUGUAGAGAAAAGGACCAGGAGGUUCAAAUUCGUCCAAUUUUUUUCAAUGUUGAUCCAUCAGAAAUACGAAAUCAAAAUGGAAACUUUGGAAUUGCACUGGCUAAUCAUGAAAAGAAGUUCAAGAAUAACAAGGACAAGGACAAGGUGCAGAGGUGGAGGGAUGCUCUAAAAAAAGCAGCUAAUGCAUCUGGAUGGCAUUAUAAGAAAGGCUGCGCUCCGUAUAAAUCUGAAGCUGACUUCAUUCAAAACAUUGUUGAAGAGAUAUCAAAUGCUAAAUUAAAUUGGAUGCCGUUAUAUGUUGCUGAAUACCCAGUUGGAAUAAAUUCUCGUGCAGAGGCCAUAGAGUCACUUUUAGAUAUUGGGUUAGAUGAAGUUUGCAUGGUAGGGAUUUAUGGCCUUCCCGGAGUAGGAAAGACUACAAUUGCAAAAGCUGUUUAUAAUAAAAUUGCUAAACAUUUUGAUGGAAGCAGCUUUUUAGAGAAUGUUAGAGAAAAAUUAAGUACAAAUGCUGGCAUAAUCAAACUACAAAACCAACUUCUUAAUGACAUCUCAAGGGAUGGAAAAUGGAAAAUGGGCAACAGUUCUAAAGGAAUCACUUUGAUAGAGGAGACACUUCACUGCAAAAAGGUUCUUUUAAUUUUUGAUGAUGUCGAUGAUUCGACACCAAUAAAAAAUUUGCUUGGAAAAUGUAAUUGGUUUGCUCCCGGAAGUAGAGCCAUUAUAACAUUACGAGAUAGACACUUGUUAACUGCCCUUAAAGAAAAUGUUUGUACAAUUUACAAGGUCAAGGAAUUUGAGGUCGAGCAAUUAAACAAACACGAAGCUCUUCAACUCUUUAAAGAGCAUGCCUUACCUAGAAACAAACCUCAUGAUGAAGAUUAUUCUAAACUUGCAACUAAAUUCAUAGAUUUUGCCAAUGGCCUUCCACUUGCUCUAGAAAUAAUAGCUUGUUAUUUGUGAGGAAGACCUAAAAAUGAAUGGGAAAGUGCAUUAGAUAUGUAUAAGAAAAUUCCCAAGGAGGACAUUCAAAAGAAACUUCAACUGAGUUAUGAUGGAUUGGAAGACACCGAGAAAGAUAUUUUUCUUGAUAUUGCAUGUUUCUUCAAAGGAUGGGACAAAGCUUAUGUUGUAAAGAUAUUAGAUGCAUGUGAAUUAUAUCCAGAUUGUGGUAUUCCGAGACUUGUUGAUAAAUGUCUCAUAACCAUUGAUCGAUAUGGUACAUUGUUAAUGCAUGACUUGAUACAACAAAUGGGCAAGGAAGUUGUUCGACAACAAGCACCAAAAAUCCUCGGAGAACGUAGUAGGUUAUGUUGUUAUAAGGAUUCGCUUGAAGUACUAAUUAGAAAUAAG